AACUUUCCCCAUACCUCCAAAACCACCCUUCGCCCGUCAUGAACGUCGAUACGAUCCCCGACUUCCUCGCCGAGCAGAGAGAUGCUGCCCCUGCUGAACUCCAACACCUCUUCCUCUCCUUCGAAGACUUGUGGGAACGAAAGCUAUGGCAUCAGUUGACGGACGCCCUGAUAGAGUUCUUCAAUCAUAAAGAGAGCGCUCAUCAACGAUUACCUUUCUACAAGACCUUCAUUCUCACCUUCGCCGACAAGAUCAAUCAACUUAAGCUUGUUACUUUAGCUUUGAGCGCCGCUUCACAAUGCAGAGAUAGCCAAGAACGCCUGUCUUUCCUGGAAGCUGUGGCAAAGAAAGUCAACAAUCCUAACUCACAGGAUGCCUAUGUUUACGCCACAGUCGCCGUGGCUACUGUUAAGCUGGAGCUGAAGGAUUUGGAGGGAGCGAGGAAGGAUCUGGAUAAGUCGGAGAAGAUCUUGGAUGGUUUUGACUCAGUUGAGACUAUUGUUCACGCGGCUUUCUACCGGGUCAACGCAGAAUACUACCAGUCGAAACUCGAGUUUGCCUCCUAUUACCGAAAUGCCCUGCUCUACCUCGCCUGUAUCGAGCUCAACGAUUUGACUCCCGCUGAGCGAAGAAGCCGGGCCUAUGAUCUCUCAAUCGCAGCCUUGGUCUCAGACACAAUUUACAACUUCGGAGAGCUCCUCUUACACCCUAUUCUCGAGUCUCUAGUCAAAGACGACGCCUGGCUCCGUGAUCUUCUCUUUGCGUUCAACCGUGGUGAUUUGGCUGCAUACGAUGUCCUUGCUGGCCACAUCUCCUCCAACCCCCUCCUAGCAGAACAUCGAGACGGUCUCCGACAAAAGAUCUAUCUCGCUGCUCUCACCGAAACCGUCUUCCGAAGACCGCCCCAUGACCGCGCCAUGUCCUUCCGCACUAUCGCUGAAGAGACCAAAGUCCGACCCGAUGAGAUCGAGCACUUGAUUAUGAAGGCGUUGAGCUUGGGACUGUUGAGAGGAAGCAUCGACCAGGUUGAUGAAAUUGCUCGGAUCAACUGGGUACAGCCUAAGGUGUUGGACAUGAAGCAGAUCGAUAAUAUGCGGACGAGAUUGCAGGAUUGGGACUCGAGUGUCUUUGAGCUGGGCAACUGGAUCGAGAAGACGGGUGGAGAUGUUUGGGCCGCGUGAUUUGGCAUGGCAUGGCGUCUAGGCUUGAUACGAAUGGCUUGGGAUGUAUUAUAGAUCUCUGAGAGCGGGAGAUACAUGGCAUUUAAACGUCAUGGAUGAGACACCUGCGCCGUGGGUAGACCGCUGUGGCCAAAAGAAUAAAAAUUCAAGAUCUCACUA